CACGAUUCCCCACGCUGCGUGAAUCUCAAAAUCCAAUAUGACUGAUACGCGUCUGCUUAUCGCCUCGAGGCAUGAGAGGAUGAAGUGUGGAGACCACCCUGACUAUACUAUACUAUACUACACCCUCGCCUUCAUGACUCUCAUGCCUCGUCCUUCCUCCCUCCCUUCGUCCUCCUCCUCCGCCCUCCUCCGUUCUCCUUCCCUCCGUCGUUCUCACGCCAUUGCCAGAGUAACCUUGGCGAGACCAUACCAUACUAUACUAUACUAUACUAUAACCUCGCCAAGAUACUCUGCAUCCUCCGUCCUCGUCCUCGUCCUCCUCCCUCCGUCCUUUCACGCCACUGCAGGAUACUCGGUGUCGAGACCAUACCCCACUAUAACCUCGCCGGGUAUCCAGCAUCCUCCGAACGUCCUCCUCCCUCCGAUCUCCCUUCGAUUUCGAUAACCUGACCACAAGGUAAGCUCCACCACUCCUAAGUCCAGCUAACACAACAGGUCCCCAGCGAACAGACUCGCACCUCACCGCGGUGCUGGGGUCUAGUAGCCUCUCCACGAGGCGAAGCUAAGACGAGUCUACUAGAAUGUCUGUCUGCCUUGAGCAGGGGCCGUGACAUGCAUAAGUAGAGUUUCAGCUUGUGUGUGUGGCUUGAUGCAGCUGGUGAUUGAUACUAGUAGCUAGGAUCUGUGCGAUCCUUGAUACAUCUGAUGAUUAUUAGGUAGUAUGCGCGCGAGCCUGUCUCUAUUUCAAUAAAAAUGAGUCCGAGUACAAG